AUGAGAUCUGCGGCGUCUCUUUUCAACUUUCAAAGACGUGAACACGUUAGUCGUGCAAGUGGUAACAGUGAAGUUGUUGCGAAUUGUACAACUGGUGGUGCCUCACGUACUUCGAGAAGGUCCCUACGUGCUCGUGAUUGGCUCCAUCUUGACCCUGUAGAGAAAUGGACUAUGCUUAUCGAUCUAGGCAGACGAACUCCAUUAUUACUAGAAGAGGCCUCUGUAAAGAGAGAAGAAAUGAUUAAAGAGAAAGGAAAUGGAAUAAGAGGCCUUGUUAUGACAUUUUUGAGUCCUCUGCUUCGUUAUCGUUUUUCAGCAGCGAGUGAUGUGUCAAAGUUUGUAGAUGGUGAAAAAGUACGAAUCUCAACAGCAGGAAUAGAACAACAUAGACGUUUAGUACAUGCAUUUCCAUAUCCUUUGCGUCUUCAAAUUUGUUUAUCAAUGAUGAUGUGGGUGAGUUCAUUAAGAGAAGUGCAAGAUGCAUUUGCACGAUUGCGAUUACCAUUUGCAAAUACACAUCGUUUACGUAGUAGUGUUGUAGCGGAUGUAUUUCCUACGCGAAUAUCAGAUUGGCUUGUGGAUCCAUUUACUACAGUGAGAGUAAAGAUGAAUGAAUCUCUUAAUAGUACUGCAGAACAAGUACCUGCACCUCAUGCAUGGCUUCCUGAAGGAGCUAAAGAAGAGGAAGAAACAAAGAAAAAAAUAAAAAUACAGGGUCGAUCUAUUAAUAAAGGACGACUUGGUAUAAAUAUGGAUAGUAAUAGUCUUCAUAAUCAACAUGCAUCCCAUUAUCUUCAAAGUAGUAGGAAAAAUUCAAAAAGUCUUCUUCGAACUGUUCAAGGAAUGUAUGUGAGACCUAGUGAUGAUGAUGAUCUAGCAGCGAAAUUAACAAGACGAUCUUCUCAUCGCGCAGCUCAACGAACAUUGUGUAAAAGGCAAACAUCUCUAAAAGAAAUAUCAUCUCUCCAAAAUCCUUCUUGGGCUGUAAAUGAUGCACUUCGUAGUGCUAUUCCUUCACCAUUAGCUAUGGAUCAUGAGGAAGACGAGAAAUAUCAUCAUAAUUUUCUCCGUGGUGAAGGAUGUCCAUUAGAUGAGAAUGGAAAGUUAGCUAGUACACCAAUUUAUAUUAGAGUUCCCGUUACUCCUGAUCAUGAUACUCUAGCGCGUUAUUGUAUAAUGGCGCAUGCGGCGAUUCUUUCAUCACUUUUUAUAGAAGGACGUACUGUUUGUUUUUCAACAAAUCAUCCGUUCCUUUUAGAUUAUGUGAAAUUUUUAUUUGAAGAAUUUAUAGAGGAUGGUUGGAUUACAUCAUCUUUAAGUGAUGAUAAUUCUCGUCCUUAUUUACCUCCUUGGUCUAUUAAGGAGAGUGUACUUGUGGUUUUACCACCAAAGAGAGGUAAUGAAUCAUUUAAAAAACGUGAAAUUCGUUAUUUGGCAAAUAUCAUUAUUAAUUGUACACCAUGUUCUGUACUAAUAGAGACAAGAGAGGCACCUCAGAGUGAUUCCCACCAUUACUCUAAGGCCUUAAUGGAGGAAGUUGAAGGACUAUUAUCGAAACAUAUUACCCCAGAAACAAAGGAUCGUUGGCGGGUUUCGUGGGUUCCUCUCUCAUCAUCUACUACUACUACUAGUAAAAGUAGAAGAGUUCCUUUUGGUGGUUCUGCAGAUGAUGUAUCUUGUAAUUUCCAAUCCAACGUAAAUGAAAUUCUACGACAAUUUUAUAGCGUUACAUUCCUUUACGCACCUUCUAACUGUAGGUUUACCCCUAGACAAGUUAGGGAAUGGUGGUGGAAUGAAUUACCCAACUCUAUUCAUAUUGUUGGUGUAAACAAUAACACAUUGGAUCUAUUGUACUAUUUUCCACAGGCCCCUUUUCUACACAAAAAGAUUGGAAACUCAUUUCGUUACCGUGCGGUGGAACGUGUAGUGUUUGGUAAUUGCAUGCACACAGAUAUACACACAAGCGAUGGACGUUAUUUCCUUUCUUAUUUAAAUUGGCUCUAUUGGUAUACUUCACCCACUGCCCGUCGUGAGGGUUUGCGUGGGGAACGUACUGUAGACUAUCUUUCCGCCCCUAGCAAGAUUACAGGACUCGCCCUUAUUACAGCAAAACUUUUUCGCUUGUAA